GCCCCCGCACAGCGCCAGGCGGGCCCAGGCGCGGAGCCGGGACGCGGGAGGCGGGCCCGAGCCGGCCCCGGCGCGGCCGCAGCAUGUGACCGGCGGGGUGGGGAACGGGGCUGACCCAGCGGCAUGUGCCCGGCUGCCGGGCUCCAGCGGGGCAUUUAAAUGGCAGCGCCCGCCGGGCCUGCAGCAGAGCUCGGCCCUCUCCGCGCCCGGCACCAUGAGAUCCUCGCUGGCUCCCGGCAUCCGCCUCAUCCGGGCUCUGCCCCGGGAGAGCUGGUAUCGGGGGCUAACGCUUGUGCUGACCUUCCUGUUUUAUGCCAGUUUCCAUCUCUCUCGCAAACCCAUUAGCAUUGUGAAGAGCGAGCUGCACACCAACUGCACUUCUCCAGGAAUGAUUCCCCCCAAUGGCACCAACAGCACCACGUGGUGUGACUGGGCUCCCUUUGAUCAGGCUAACUACAAAGAGCUCUUUGGUGCCCUGGACAAUGCCUUCUUGGUUGCCUAUGCCAUUGGAAUGUUUAUCAGCGGCAUCUUUGGUGAGCGCCUCCCACUGCGCUAUUACCUGUCGGGAGGGAUGGUGCUGAGUGGACUGUUCACUUCCUUGUUUGGCCUGGCCUACUUCUGGGAAAUCCACGUUCUCUGGUACUACAUCCUCAUCCAGAUCUGCAAUGGUUUGGUGCAGACGACUGGCUGGCCAUCCGUGGUGACGUGCGUUGGGAACUGGUUCGGAAAGGGGAAGAGAGGGCUGAUCAUGGGCAUCUGGAAUUCCCAUACCUCGGUAGGAAACAUCCUGGGCUCCCUGAUCGCUGGAGUGUGGGUUUCGUCAACCUGGGGCCUGUCUUUCAUCGUGCCUGGGAUCAUCAUUGCAGUCAUGGGAAUUGUCUGCUUCUUGUUCCUCGUUGAAUAUCCUGAAGACGUUGAUUGUAACCCACCUCUACACCAUACGGAAUCGGAAGAAUCGGAGGAGAAAGACCCUGAAGUGACGCUCUCCACUGAUGAUGGGAGCUGUAGCCGAGAGAACACUGAUUCUUCAGAGUAUCCCAAAGAACCAGCCGAGCAGCCAGAAGCCAUCAGCUUCUUAGGAGCCCUCCGGAUACCUGGUGUGGUGGAGUUCUCCUUAUGCCUGCUGUUUGCAAAGCUGGUCAGUUACACUUUCCUCUACUGGCUGCCUCUCUACAUUGUGAAUGUUGCUCACUUCGGCGCUAAGGAGGCUGGGGACCUGUCCACGCUCUUUGAUGUUGGCGGCAUCCUAGGAGGCAUUCUGGCUGGUCUCAUAUCGGACUACACUGGCGGCAGGGCCACCACGUGCUGUGUGAUGCUGAUAGUGGCUGCUCCUAUGCUAUUCCUGUACAAUCACGUUGGCCAGAAUGGAAUAGGCAGUUCAGUAGCUAUGCUAAUUAUAUGUGGUGCCCUGGUGAAUGGGCCUUAUGCUCUCAUUACGACAGCGGUUUCAGCUGACUUGGGAACUCACGAGUGUCUCAAAGGAAAUGCAAAAGCCCUGUCCACUGUUACAGCCAUAAUUGAUGGGACUGGAUCUAUAGGUGCUGCUCUGGGCCCCCUGCUGGCAGGGCUGAUCUCUCCCACUGGCUGGAACAAUGUCUUCUACAUGCUAAUAACAGCGGACAUCUUGGCCUGCCUGUUCCUUUCCCGGGUGGUGUAUAAAGAGAUUCGAGGAUGGUGUGGCUGCUACACAAGAAAAAGAGGCUCUUCUGUGGCACUAACACAUGCAGUAGUGUUGGAUGGGAAAUAGUUUGUAUUAUUUAAAGAAUUUUGACCUGACUCCCUGUGACCAGAGGCAGCGGAGUGCAACAGUGACGGGCUUUGCUGGCAGACCCCACCUUUUGAUGCUCUCAGUUUAAAGUGGGAGGCAUUAUGGAGGCAAAAUGAACUGGGAAGAUGAGUAGUUCUCUAAAACCCAGCCACCACGGACUCUAAUCAUUGGCAGCAGCUUUAUCCAGGGCGAUGGAGCAGAGAAGAUGGUGUAUUCUGGCCCAUGACUGUUUUGUGAGGCAUAACUGGGGCCUCUGUCUCUUACCCACUGCCUCUGCUCCUCUUCCAUUAUUCCUUUUAUUAUUAAAAUGGUGCUAAACCUG